GAGAGCGAUGGAGAAAGCACGUGCCUGGCGCGGCGGAUGUCGCGGAUCCGGCCCAACAAAAACCCACCCACUUGUUGACGCUUCCGCACAGCUCCACCUCCACUCCAGCUCACACCACCUUCCAGGCUUCCAGCUCUCCAUCAUGGCGUUUGGAUCCGAGUCCGGCGAUGCGGUGCCGCACCCGCACCACCGCCACGGCACGGAGACGCUGGCCCACAUCGCCGUCGACUACUGCCCCGAAGCCUGCCGCCACGUGCCCCACGCCGGCGAGAUCCACGUCACCUACGAUGACCGCGGCGGCGCGCGCUGGCGCUCCCGCCGCCGCUACCUCCCCGGCGGCGCCGUCACGGCAACCAUCCGCGCCCCGGACGGGGACACCGCGGGUCUCAACUACAACCUCUACCUCUCCUCCCUGGAGGGCUCCCCCGACAUGGACGAGAUCGACUUUGAGUUCCUCGGCCACGACAAGUGCGCCGUCCAGACCAACUUCCACGUCGAAGGCGGCGGCGGGCGGGAGCAGAUCCACCGGCUCCCCUUCGAUUCUUCUGACGACUUCCACCACUACGCCAUCGCCUGGGACGACAAGGCCAUCGAGUGGCGCGUCGACGGCGAGCUGAUCCGGCGGGAGGAGCGGUGCGAGGGGGAGCCGUGGCCGGUGAAGCCCAUGUUCCUGUACGCGUCCGUGUGGGACGCCAGCCACAUCGACGAGGGGAGGUGGACCGGCACGUACCACGGCCGCGACGCGCCCUACGUCUGCAGCUACAGAGACGUCAGGGUGCCGCCCAUUGCGCUUUCAGUGGAAGAAGAAGAGGAAUGCCAGGAUGCAGAUGCCGGCGAUGCGCCUACUGAGGCCGCCGCCGCCGCCACUGCUGCUGCUGUGGAAGCGGUGGACGCCGGAGGCAGUAAAGCUUAGAUCUUGGCGGCACUUUGUCCAUGAUCCGUGCACCGUUCAAUGUGACAAGUCCAUGUGGAAUGAGGUGAUGUUGGCUGCGUGCAGUGUCGUUUUGUUAACCAAAAAACCAUGAAUAAUUGCUGUGAUUUGGGAACGGAAGGUCUCUUCUUUUUCUAGGUACUAGUUAAAUGCAUGAGCUUUGCAAUGGAGUUAAAAAUUCUGCAAGUAUUUGUUCAAGUGAAAUUUCUUGUAUUUUCCCACGAGAAGUUCUUACAGUAACCGAAAGUAAAUAUGAUGUGCGCUCCAAUGUCAAAA